AAGUUUUCAAAAAAAACUUUUUAUAGUUUAAAGUUUGAAAUUAAAUUUGAAAAUUACAACAACUCGUACUAUAAGUUUAUUUAAAAAAAUAUAUAUAAUGAAUUUAUAAAAAAAAGAGAAAAAUUUCCAUGAAAUACCACAACGAGAGUGAUUUUGACUAAAACGCGUUGAUUAUAAAGCUGGCAAUUAUAAAAAAGUGCGUGUUUUUCAUUUCCCGCAAAACAAGUGCAAACAAGUGGCAAAACCUAAAAAUUAAACGAAAUUUUUGAAAAUAAUUAAGAGAAAAUUUUUAACUGCAAAUACAUUUGUUUUGACAAAUUUUCAAAAAAAAUAUUUCUGUUUUUGUUUAUAAACUUUUAUUACAAUUUCGUUAUUUGUGUGUGUGAAUUUUGUUUUUGUUUUUGCUGCUAUAUAUUUUAUUGCUCUGUGGAUUAUGUUUAUUUUGUCAUCAAUAUGUUUGUAUAAAUUUAUGCAAACGAGUGCUAAUUUUAGCACUGCGUAAGAAAAAUAUUUCCAACGAAUUUGUUGCAUUCAAAUAAUGAUGCAGCAUGCGAGCGUUUUGUACUGUCAGCGCGCCAUUAGAAGUAUGCGCGUCCUCGGCCGAACAGCUAUCACCGGGCUCACGAUUUUUAGCUCUAAGGCUCUUAGGCAAUCAACAACCCAAAACUUUAUACUUCCUAGUCGAUGCAAAGAGUCGAGUCAGAGAAGUGUAUACACAAACAUGUCUACAUUUUGCCACACAAGGCAUGCUCGAUACCGAACUAUUCGGUUUAGCGGUAUUGAUAGAUGGCGAAUACAUGUUUGCCGAUCCCGAGAGCAAGCUCUCCAAAUAUGGUCCAAAAAGUUGGCGUUCCUCACACACUCAUGGUCUAGAUGCCAAUGGGCGACCGCUCUUAGAAUUACAUUUUCGGGUGCAAUUCUACAUCGAGAGCCCGUUUAUGUUAAAAGAUGAAACUACCCGUCACAAUUAUUAUCUACAAUUAAAAUACAAUGCCCUACAGCGUGACAUACCCCGUGAAUAUGCCGAACAAUCAAUGAUUCUAUUAGCUGGUCUAGCAUUGCAAGCAGAUCUGGGCGAUGCACCCUGUAUUGGUAGUAAUAAUAGUAAUAGUAGUGGUGGCAGUGGCAUUAUAAGUGGUGGUGGCGCAAGUGAGGCGAAAAUAUCGGGGGAUUUGAGUGAUAGCGGCAAAGGGUUGGAUGUUGCCGGUGGAGAGCAGAAAGUAGGUAAAACUGUAUCAGCAACAACAUCAUCUUCAUCAUCAUCAGCAGCAGCAACUACCACAUUACCAAAGAUUAGUAAACGUGCUAACCUGGUAAAUGAAAGAGUUUUACGUUUAUCUAGCUAUAUGGCUUCGACGCGGGAGAAUGUUAUGGGUAUGGAUGGUUUGAAGCGUGUACUAGGAGCAGCUAAAACACCGCUGUCACCUUCAUCAUCUUCUUCCUCGAUAAGUCGUGGCCCCAGUAAUGCUUCUACCAAUGCUUCUGUUUCCACUAAUGCCAGCUCUUGUAAUGAAUAUUUUCGUUUAGAAGACUAUCUGCCAGAACAUCUAAGAACCGCCUGGGCUGCUAGUGCCUUAAGGGCUUGUCAUCGUGAAAAUCGUGGUCUUUCACAAGCCGAUGCCGAGUUGCAUUAUAUACAACAAGCCUGUCUAGUGCAUGAAUGCAUUAAUGCCCACACCUUUCGCAUGCGCAUGAGUAAAAGUGAACUGGGACCGGGAAAUUCUUGGUUUGUAGUCUAUGCUAAGGGUAUAAAAAUAUUCGGUGCUGGUACUGGACCUGAUGGUCAACAACAGCAAAUAACUUUCCUAUGGCCCAAUAUAACCAAACUAUCGUUUGAGCGUAAAAAGUUUGAAAUCAGAUCAGGAGAAAGUAAAAUCACUCUCUACGCCACCUCAGAUGAGAAAAAUAAAAUGCUUUUAACGCUAUGCAAAGAAACCCAUCAAUUUAGCAUGAAAAUUGCGGCCCGACUAAAGGAGGUCAUAAAGCGUGAGGAGGAGGAGAGUAAUUGUUUACAUGCUUGCUAUGUUUAUUCACGUAGUCUGCAUCUGCCGACAUAUAAAAGUAAAAACGAUCAAAGAAUAUCGGUCAUAUCCAGCACUAGUUCGAAUACUACCUCGGGUAUAGUAAGUGAUCGCGUGCAUUCGGAAGAUGAGCUAGAAAUAAUGAUUAAUACACCACCGGCCCCCAUAGCUGCUCCCUCCACCGAGAGUUUAGCUUUGGCUCAUUUAUUAGAUCGCCCUAGUGUGAGUAGACAGACCUCGUCAGUGGGCCAGGUGUCUCUAAAGGAUUUGGAAGAACAAUUAGCCGCUUUAACGGUAAGACAACAACAACAAAGUCAACGCAAUUCUCCCACAGAGUUAAGUAAUACCUCCUCAACGGGUAAUUCCACCUCAACUAGCGGUUCUUCUAUACCCACCUCCUCAAAAGGUCAGCGUAAUAACACGGACUCCUCCACGGAUUCGCCUUCGUCACAACAUAACAUUGGUUCGCAGUGUUCUUCGACAUGCAGUACGGUGGUAGUGGCUUCUUCUACAAAUGAUAACAACACUUCUUUGGCUACUUUGGCAGUAAGAUCAAACUUAAAUACAUCCGACUCCUCGCACCAAAGGAAAAAUUCCACUUCCUCCAGCUUGGAAUUGGGUUUUAGUCACACGGCUCAAAAUUCCACUCUUAGCGAACCAGAUUCAUCUUGUAUAGAUCAUGAUUUUAUAACAUCCACACGUGACGAAACUGAAAGUGUUUCGGGUGUUUAUACCUUGGUACAUGCGGUAGCUCCCACGGAGACUUCUGGCGUUUAUACCAUGCACAGCAGUGAAAUGACGGGUCAAUCAUCGGAAAUAGCCGAGUCGGAGAAAAGUUCUCAUUAUGGCAUGUUCCAACCCUCACAGAGUAAGAUCAGUGAGGAGCAUUUACGUUUGGAGCACAAUAAACUGCAAGAUUCAGUAGAUGGUGGCAACUAUCAUCAUGGCAAACGUAUGAAAAAUAUAGAUUUCCGUUUGAGAUCGGAUUCUAAUAUUAGUACUACCGAUUCUUUUCGUGGUGAUGGUAGUGAUCCGGCUGAUAUGAAGCAUACUUUGCUAUCAGCAGAAGAACUAACCGAUUUAAUAGUGGGCCGUGGUUCUUAUCCUAAUCGUAAGACAGUAUCGAGUACUUUGGACUCGGAUUGUGAUUACGUGACAUUACCCUUGUCAAUGACCGGAGAAUCUUAUAUACAAGGACAUCAAGAUACCGCCCCCACUGAAGAUCAUGUAGAGGAUUUGAUAAGUGAUUUGCUGCCCACAGAUCCGCCGGCACCACCCAAACGUGUAGACAGUAAUAUGCCUAAUUUAACUAAUAUUAGAACACGUUCUCCACCACCCUAUAACGCCCGACACCAUAAAACUGGCCUUUGUGGUCCACCCAUACGUUCCACUAUUUCCAGCAAUAGUCCCCCAGCUGUGAACAAUACACCACUAAAUUUGCCUGUUAUUAAAUCUACAACUCCCAAUCAUGUGCCAUUAUCUUUAACAGAUACAAAACCGUUAGCAAAACCUUUGCUUAUAGCUAAACCUCCCACGCCACCCAUACAGCCACCGGUCAUCAAACGCCGAGAUCCACCACCUUAUCCGGCCGCCUCUAAACCCAGACCAACUUCUCUAAUAUCAGUGGCUUCUUCCACAUCGUCAAUUAAUCAGCCGGGCUCAAAUGUUUUCACAAAUGUAGGCGGUUCUAUGACUUCAUUAAAGUCUGAAGAGAUAAUAGCACGUUUCAUAACCUCCAGGCCACAAAUUAAUAUACAAAAGGCUCAAACCUUUAUAGUAAAUGAAAAUACCAAACCUAGCUAUGCUACGCCCACAAACAGUUCAUUGGCGGGUUCCUCAACGGGUUCGAUAUGUAGUCAUCAUAUACCCAGCCAUUUAUCACAACAUUCGGUGCCUAAUUCCAAUUAUGUAUCCGGGUCACAGGCCUCUUUGAAUUAUCCGGUAAAUUCCACGCCCACAACUCCAACACAACCGACCAACAUGUCUCACACAACAAUGAGUGGUCAUCAUCAUGUUACCACAGGUGGUGUUUUAUCCAACCAUUUGGGUAUACCCAUGGUAUCCUAUAGCCUACAUGGCGCUCACAAGAGUAUGUCUUCUUUGCAUCAACAACAGCAACCACCUCCGCCACCACCACCCUUCCCCGCGGAGCUUAAACAGACAGCACCUAGGACGUGUGUUUUAUUGCCGGUCAUAAAACCACGGCAAUACUUACCACCUCCACCACCCAGUCUGCCAAGACAACCGCCUCCACCACCACCUAAUCAACUGGCGGGUAUCUAUUCCAGCUCUUUGGCACGCAAACAACUGGAACUUUAUCAACAACAGCUGUACAGUGAUGUGGAUUAUGUUAUAUAUCCUCUACAGGAUCCAGCCGUUAGUCAACAGGAGUAUCUAGAUUCCAAGCAGGGUUCCAUACUCGCAGCAAUGGCUCAGACACCACCACCUCCCCAUGCGCAUCACCAUCAUCAUCCCUAUUUAGCGGCAUACCAUCAUGCAGCCGCUUCUCAAGCCUGGGAAGCUUGUAAAGGUCAUGCUAUCUAUCGUAGCACUCCCUAUUUACCACUCGCGCUCUCCACGCAUUCACGUUAUGCCUCCACGCAAAAUCUAUCCGAUUCUUAUGUACAACUGCCGAGUGCCUAUUCACCCAUGUAUAGCCCCUCAAUGGCCAGUAUUUGUUCUUCGUAUGAACCACCACCACCGCCGCCUCUACAUCCGGCACAUUUACAUGCAGCCGCAGCUGCUGCAGCGGUUAAUCCAACACCAGCACCUCUAUUUGCACGAUCACGUUCAGACGAUAAUAUUCUGAAUACGCUCGACUCGUUGCCGAAGGUGAAACGUCUGCCACCGCCUCCACCACCACCCUAUGUGGAUAGACGACUGAAGAAACCACCAAUGCCGGCACCAACGGAAAGACCGCCUCCUAUACCUUCCAAGCCGAUACCCAACAUGAGCAGUGCCUCCAUAAGCAUUCCAAAUGAAUCAAUUGUCACAACAACACGCAGUCAUUUGCCACCACGAAAACCCAUUACCUUAAGUGUACCACGCAAUGGAGCCAUUCAUAUGACCAAAACUUCUAGUGGAGCACAAUGGGCUGGGGAACGUCCCAAAACAGACAUGCUGCUAGGACGUCCCACACAAAAUACCAAUAUACUGGCACAACUACAAGCCUCAGCGGCAGCCGCUAAACAAAAUCAAUUAAAUUCCAACAACACUAAUGGUUCAUCGACUUCCAGCAACAACACACCCACACCCAAUGAAUUUGAUAUUGCUCUAUUGAGAGAGAAAAGUAAGCAUUUAGAUUUACCUUUAAUAUCGGCACUCUGUAAUGAUCGUUCCCUAAUCAAGCAAACAAAAGUACUGGUAAAUCAAAAUAGACCUAGACCAGGACUAGGUAAUACAACCCUGAGUGGUACUAGCUCCUCCAACAGUCCCACAUUCUCCAACCAACAUUCAACAGCAGCAGCAGCAGCAGCUAACUCGAAUACUUUAAAUAAAUUACCUUUAUCGAGUUUAAGCCUAAGCCACAAUAAUGGCAACAACACAACAAUCAUGAGCUCAACAUCUUCGGGUAAUUUGACUGCAACAACACCAACAACAGCUGCAACAUCUGCUACAUCCUCUAGCAAACUAUUAGCUUCAGCUGUAGCCGCCAAAACACGUAAAACAUCUAUAAGUCAUCGGCAUCCCAAUGAUAAAUUGCCUCCUUUACCCAUGCAAUUGGCUGAGGCCAACAAUUAUGUUAUGGAUCCAGCAAUAUUAAAACAUCAUAAAAGCUACAAUUCUCAUACAUAACCAGCAAACACUUGAAGAAGAAGAAGAAGAAAAAAAAACGGUGGCAGUACAAACAGCAAUUUUCGUCCUUUAAAUGAAAUACGUGAAAAUAUUAACAUAUAAAUAUUGAAAGGUAUUCGUUUUCGUUAAUAGUAAAUAUAAAGAAAAAAAAUAUCGUCAACUCUAAACCUCUGAAACCCCAUUACACUCUACAAUUGAUGGUUAUACAUAUAUUACCAGACAGAAACUAAAAUCAGUAUUACAAAAGUAAGUUUUUGCGUGAAAGAAAAAAAUUUAAAAACAAAUUUUAAAAUGAUUUAUUUUGAGUAACAAAAAUUGUUUAAAAGAAUAUAAAUUCUCAUCACUUUUUGAAAAAAAAAUGUUUGUGGUGGAAAUUAUCAAGAUGUUUUUACUAACUUUAAACCAGAAUUAUUAAAAAAAAAGAAGGAAAAUAUUAUCUAAUUAAAAGGUGAAAAACGAGAGCAAGUCAGUUGAUAAGUAGGGGUUUUUGAGCUGAGUCUUUAGGUGUGUUAAAGGAAGAUUAGACGAUAUAGUUUUGUUUUCAAUUUAAGGUGACGGAAAUUUGCAAGGGUGUUACGAGGUUACGAUUUACUUAAGAUUUUGUACAAAACGAAAGAGAUAUUUGUAUAGAACUGCUAACGGCAGAAUGGGUAAUAUAACAUACAUGUUUAAGGGUUCUUUAACUAAAUGAUUCUCUUAGACCGGGUUUUUGAGUUGGCAAUCAAAUGGCAAUUAAUAAUUAGAUUAGUUAAUCUAAAAAUAAAUUACAUAUUAUGUUAAUCCCCUUUGAUGUUUUUGAGUACAAAAUUAAACUUCGCAGUGUUGCCAUACAAAACAACAGAAAAUGUCACUGUUUGUUAUCAAAACAAUGCAUAUUUUAUAAAAAAGAAGAAGACAAUUGUAAAUUUAAUAUGAAAAUUAAUGAAAACUUAAAUUAAAAACAAAAAAAAAAAUGUAUUUUGAAGUGUCCAUAAUUUAUACUAAUCAAUAAAUAGAACAUUUUAAUGUUUAUAUUUAUAAAAAUUUUAUUAUUUUUUUUGCAUCAGCUGUUUACACUUUUGCAUUUCGUGCUUAAGAUUAAACCACCUCCAUUGGGCGCUUAAACUUGCAAACAAAAUUAACUAAUUGAGUACUCAAAAACAUCUUUCGAGGAUUAAUUUUAAUUUAAUCGCUAAUCUUUCACCUAAAGAUUGGCCCUAAAUCGUUAAGUUGGAUGUUUUGCUUUUAACUUGAAGGUUUUGGCAAAACGGGUAAAAUAGUUGUUUAGAACUGGCAUUGACCUAAAGAGAAAGAGAGAACUCUAGUUAGUUUUUUUAUCAUUUAUGUAACCUUAUGUAGUUGUUAGAAAGUAAAAGAGAGCUGUUUGCCGUUACCUGUUCUAACAAAUUAGUUUGCCGCUGUAUGUAUUGCUCAUUAAACAUAUUAUCAUUUAUUUAUUUUAAACAUUACUUAAUACCAGUAUUUAGUUUGUUAUUUUUGCUAUGCAAAAUCUAGUUUUUAACAUUUGCUGUGCAAAAUUUUAACAAAUUUAUGAAAUAUUUAAACAAAUUUUAUUUCAAAACAUCUAAUAUUUGUUGAAUUUAACAAAUAAAAAUAAAAUAAUAAGACAAUUGGAUUUUCGCUUCAAACUAAACGAAGUCAUAACGGUCCCAGUCAAACUACUAAAAUAAUAACAGUUCCAAAUUGGUUUUUGAAAACUUUCAAAUAGUUUGUAGAGAAACAAAACUGAUGUUUAUCCCCUUUGAUGUUUUUGAGUACAAGAUUAAACUUCGCAGUGUUGCCAUACAAAACAAUAGAAAAUGUCACUGUUUGUUAUCAAAACAAUGAAUGUUUUAUAAAAAGAAGAAGACAAUUGUAAAUUUAAUAUGAAAAUUAAUGAAAACAAAAAAAUGUAUUUUGAGUGUGCAUAAUUUAUACUAAUCAAUAAAUAGAACAUUUUAAUGUUUAUAUUUAUAAAAAUUGUAUUUUUUUUGCAUCAGCUGUUUACACUUUUGCAUUUUAUGCUUAAGGCGCUUAAAUUUGCAAACAAAAUUUACUAAUUGAGUACUCAAAGACAACUUUCGAGAAUUAAUUUUAAUUUAAUCACUAAUCUUUCACCUAAAGAUUGGCCCUAAGACAUUCCCAGCCUUAAAAGUACAAGAAAUAUUAAAAACUUAAAGAGAUAUUUUGUAAAUAUUUCAUUUAAAGCAACAAAACAGCAAGUUAAAGUAUACAAAAACUUUAUUAACUGACUUCUCUCUGUAACACACUGAAACAGAAAUUAAAAUUUUGAAUUCCUUGUGACAGAUAUUUUGUUUAAAAUACUAAAUAAAACUUAUGUUAAAAUACUAAUACUUAAUAAGUAAAUAAAGAAUUUACUUAUUUGUUUGUUAAAACAAAAAGAAACUCUAACCUCAAAUAAAAGCCGAAUAAUUAUAAAAAAAAACACAACAGCAAACACAAUACUACAGAAACAGAACUAACAAAAUCUAGUCACUUUUAGGAAGAAAUAUAAAGAAAAACUCAUGCAUUCAUUAAAAAAAAAAAAACA